CAGUACUCCCGCCCAAAUUUUUGGGCCGGGUCAUUAUUUAUUGGGCUGGCUUUAAAAUGUGGGCUAUGAAGCCUAUUAAGCAGCUGUCCCUAUAUGCCGAGUAAAAAGGAAAAAAAUUUGGGCGUAUUCCGUAAGCUUCUCCAAAAUCGAGAUCUACGCCGGCUUCGAUUCCAUCAAGAGGAGAAGGCAGAGCGACUAGGUUUUGACCCUUCUUCCGCCAUGGACAACAGGGAUUCGAAGGUGGGAUACGACAACGCCGGCUAACCUUCUACCCUAGGAUUCUGGCAGCACGGAGGGGCUUUGCACAUCACCAACAUACCGAAAGCGGGGAGCAACAACUUAAACGCGGUGUUCUACGCCAAGGAGUACCACCUGAUUCAGUCCAGCAGCAUCGACGACACCGAUCUUCUUCACCACGACAGCGCUGUUUACGGGGCACUCCUCUGCUCCAAUUCCGCCCUCUGAUAGUUUAGCUAUUCUUUUGUAGGGUGGCAGAGAUCAGAGCUCAUUCAUCCACAAAGGACCAUCUUUGGGUUUGGCGAUGGUGGAAGAAGACCACGACAAGGACAAGGGACAACUAAGACGGAAAUGAAGAAGCUUUGUGGUCACUACGGAGCUGCAUGAUAAUGACUGGUAGUUUUAAUACUUCUUUGUCUCACCUCUCUGCUUCUUUUAUUUCUUUUUUUGGUCAUACUAAUUUUCACUUCUGCUAGGUUUCACAUCAAUGGAUACUUUGAUAUUUUGUUCAGUGACUUACGCUACAAUCUAUGAUUUGUGAUAUGUCAAAAAAAUAUUGCAUUGCAGAGAGAAAUUAGGUAAGCAAAAAGAAUGAAGUAUUGAAUUCCUGCAGAUAGAUGGGGCGAGACGGUCGUGAUGGAUGUGUGGAUUUACAUAAUUAAUUGUGAUUGUCUUGAGACAUGUUUUAAAUUUGCUUCCGCAACAUUAGACAUGUUUUAAAUUCACUUCCGCAACAUUAUUAAACACUCUGUGUUUUUACAUCUUCGCCCGCGUUCGUGAGCGUAUGUUCUGCUUUCUCCUCUCCCUAACAGUUCUCCCUAACAGUGGCCCUCCAUUGAUUUGCCGACCUUGCCUGAAUUUUUGGAGGAAUGAAUAAUCAGGAGGACAUCGGUAACCUUCCGAUUGAUAUCGCCUUUGCUCGUCUAGGAGAAUGGUUGGUCGACCGAAAGAAGAUUCCGGCUGACUGGAGGAAACGGCUGGUAGCUUUGAGAGCAAAAAUUAUGACGGCAUUUGCUUCCACACCCAAGGACGUAGACCCUUCUUUUCAUACUCUCGAAUCUGAAGGGAUUGGUUAUUUAGAAGCCAAAUACAUAUAUGAGGUUCUUCGGAAGUCAUCCCCCGAAAGCCGCAAUAUCUUUGGCCAGCUUUCAGGUGCUGCUGGUGUUUGGGAAGCAAUUCUACGUGCGUAUGAGAAAGAACACAUUUUCCUUGGUGAGGCUGCUCAGAUAAUGGUUCAAAAUGUUAAUUAUGAAAUUCCCUACCACAAGAAACAGAUUCAUAAAGCUCAACAUCAACUAUCUGAGUUGGAGCGCAAGGAAGCUGAUAUAAAAAGACAUGCAACUCUUUCAGCUGCAAAAUUUAUUGAAGCUUGCCAGGAGCUAGGGCUACAGGGAGUAAAUGUCAGGUCAGAGUUGCUAGAGACCGCCACAAAUACACUUCCAACAAUUUUCAGCAGAAUUCUGGAAGUUCUGAAUGGCUAUUCUUUGUCCCAGGCUAUCGAAUAUUAUUCAAACUUUGUUAAAGAAGCUCACAUGGAAAAGAAUAAAACAGUGUUACAAAAUUUGAGAGGGGCUCGAGAGAAGUCACCUUCCCUUGAUGUAUUUGUGAGUUCAGAGUUUCUUGAUUCUGAAAUUGUACUAACCAGUCAGUAUGUGGAGAGUCACGCUAUCACUGAAGCAGACAGCACCCCCAAUGGCAUUGAUUGGGAUAUCACCUUGGACAGCUCCCAAAUUGAUUGGGACAUUGGUACUGUUGUAGAAGAAAUAGAGGAAAAUGGUAAUGGAUUGGGUCCUUAUGAGAUUGUGAAUGCCAGUGAAACAGUGGAGUCACAUCUUGAGAACCAAGGUGAAACCUCGGCUCUUGAGGCGUCUGUAACAGAAAUAUCAUGGGAUAUAAGUGUGGACAAUCCCGAAGUCGACGUGGUUGAAGAAAUUGGCUUCUUGAAUACCUUGCCCAGUGCCAGUACUUCAACUGAAGCCUACGCCUCUUGUAGGGAAAGGAGUCCGCUUCUGGAGACUGAAUAUAGGAAUGGAAUUCUUGAUGAUUUAUUUGAGGUAAAAGCAUUCCUGAAACAACGAUUGAUGGAGUUAACGAAUGUAGAAACUUUAUCACUGCAAAAUCAAGUACAGGCAGUUGCUCCUUUUGUUCUGCAACAGCAUACUUCUGAUUCAAUUCAAAUGAUGCUGUCUGAUAUUUCUUCAGCUAUUUCUUUGAUGACCAACAGGAAAACUCGAGAUUUGAUAAUGUUCCUCAACUCCAAAAGGUAUCUGGAACGCAUGGUAAAUACAUUGGAGGAAAAGAAACGUCAUGAAAUUAAACUGAAAGAUGGAUUGAAGGACCUGGCUUCUAAACAUAUGGAACUGCAGAAUUCUUUGUCUUCAUCCUGGCCAAAACAAGAAGCAGUUGUGGUGAGAAGCAGGAAGUUGAAAGAGCUUUGCGAGAAGACGAUUUCAUCCAUGUUUGAUGGGCGACCUGUGAAUAUAAUAGGAGAGAUUAAUACGUUGCUGACAACUAGUAGUUCAAGUGUGUGAUUCCCCCAUCCACUGGCCAAACUCUUCAUAUACUCUGUAUUUUGUUUCAAAUAUCUGUGACAAAACUAAGAUGCUAGAAACUGAAAAAAGAAAAACAACCGCAUUAUAUAUAGAUUCUUUGACAAUUCCGUUGCUACGGAGUAUAUAGUAUCCGGACUGGAAUUCGGCCAAGCUCAAACUUAAUUACGGAGGAGUGGAGGCCUCUUUAAUUUCUUCCUCUUCUUUCAACCCUAACUUAUGAAUGCGACUCCCCAUAUACCCAAAAUUGAACAAGGUAGAUUCUCCAUCCUCUUCUACUUUUCUGCAUAAAUCGUGACUUACCACCGGUUUCUGGAAGGCUUCUCAAAGCAUUGUUUGGCCGAAUCUCCCUUGUGUCUUUCCCUUUUAUACUGUGGGUCUUUUGUUGUUAUUUUUGUGGCUUUUGGAUUGUAUUCGGAUGGAGUUUCCAACUCUGAGCUCUAUCCUGGUGAAUUUGAGUUAGAUCUGAUGAAUUGAAAAUCAACCACCUCUGAAUUCUUGUUCAUUCAGAAAUUUGCAGGCUUUGUUUAACCUCAAUUCUUCCUAGAUCGAAUUCCAAUUUGUGGGGCUCUUGGGCGGACACGUAUUCUAUCUUAGAUUCAUAAGGUUGGUGUGAUUUGAGCAAGGCUUUGGUCUUGGGUUCACUGUUCACCGCGAGACUUUGGAGGCCAAUAUCUACCAGGUUUAUGCUUGAGUUUGCCCCAAUUUUCUGCUGAGUCUUGGUCCUUUUUAGGGGCUUUUCACUAUCUAAACUUGGUUUGAUUCAAUUUUAGGGUGGUGCAAUUCCUAAUUCAUUGUCACUAUUCAUUUUCUUAUUUGUUGACCUGUACUUUUUGAUUUCGAGGAUAUGCUGAGGGUGGUUUUUAAGCACUUCGGCAUUGUUAGGCUGUUUGAUUUCGGUGCUAGAGUUACUACAAAUACAGCUUUCCCCAUUGGGCUUUUAACAGCAGGUU